AUGAGCUCGAGACUCCGCCAACCCAGCUUCUUGGCACGCACCAUUGCAGGCGCAAAGCGUUGGUUCGACGCGUCGGCGUGGCGACGCUGUACGCGGACCACAAACGAUACCCUCAUCGCGUUUGUCACCGGUUCGGUUGUCCUUGGACACGCUCCCUCCGUACAGACGUACCUCGGCCAGUGCCCGGUUCAAUAA